AUGGCGGUGGCCCCAGCCACCAAAUGGGUUGGUGGUGGCUGCAACUGCAACAGUCUGCAGGAUCUGCUGCAGGAGGAAGCAUUCGGCUUCUUCCGUGUGGCUGGCGUAUCAGCGACCACGGAGCGACUCACAGCUCCCCCCGCGCCUCCACAGGGCCCCUCGCCCCUUCAGCUCUUAGAUGAGUCUCACAUGUCAAUUGCUGCGGCCGAAAAUGCAGGGCUUGGCCCAUGUGAACUACCACUGCCGGACCAGUGGCUUGUCCAUACUCAACUGUCGCAGUCAGCGCAACCGUCGCAAGCAUCGUUCUUUUCCGCGCAAACCGGUGGCCAAAGUUUGGGCAGCGCGCUCGGUGGCGGUUUGUCAGCAGCAGCAGCAGCCCAACAUUCCUCUAGCGGCGGCCUCCAGCAGCAGCAGCAGCAGCAGCAGCAACAACAGUCAUCGGUGCAGUUGCCAAACCAAAUCCACACACCGUCACCGACCGGAACGGCAGCGUCCGCCGCCACGACAUCUGGGUCUGCUCCGCCACAGCUGCUGCAGAGUCAGUCAAAAAUAAUGAAUGUCGUCGUACCAUCCGUGGCCUGUCCGCCUAACGCAUCGAAAAAGAUUCGCCGAAAGCCAGACACCAAGCCACAGUCGCAGAUCAACAAGUGCAACAACGAGAAGCGUCGCCGAGAGUUGGAAAAUGAGUACAUCGAGCAGCUCGGCGAGUUCCUGCAGAUCAAGCGGGAUAUGACCACCUGCAAACCAGACAAAGCGGCGAUACUAAGUGAAGUAGUACGGACGUUUCGUCAUAUGCUCGAGCAAGGUAACCCGAAUCUCACUGGUUCGCGGUGCUCCAAGUGCUCGCCGGAUUGUUCCGCUUCCUGCAAACUGCACCCGGUGCAACAGGGAGAGGUAUCGUCCACUGAACCCCCACUACCAGAGCCGUCGGUGAACGGCCACUCGCCGGAAAAGUCGGCCUACUUCGAGGCAGUGCAGCACUACAUCUCGAACGUCGGCUGGGCCCUGCUCGAGAUCAACUCGGAGGGUGUGAUCGAAUGUGCCACGGAGAACGUCCGCGACGUACUGCACUACUCGCGCACGGAGCUCCACGGACAGUCUAUCUAUUCGUACCUGCAUACUGGUGAUCAUUCAAAGCUGAGUCCUAUUUUAAAUAAGAAUUCGUUUGAGCUAAACUGGGAUCAAAAUGAGAUGUUCUAUCAGACGCCAAAGCGUACCAUUCGGACAAAGAUUCGUUGGCUAUUGAGGGCGCCGGAAGGGGCGAACGAAACGAUCGAGCAAAAGCAGCAGCGGCUGGAGAAGUACAAGGACCUGCUGAUCAUCUCGGCACCGGUGAAGGAUGAUACGGAGGAAUCCUCCUCGGUGCUCUGUCUAAUUACGCUACCCGAGGACGAUCAGGCCACCAUCGAAACGACCACCACCAUGCCGCAAACGCUGGGCGAGCAGCUCACACUCAAGCUGGACACCAGCGGUAACAUUAUCAAAUAUGACGCAACGACGCUAAGGAAACAGUUUGCAGGAAAUCUAACCAAAGAUACUAUACGGUCAAUCUACGAUAUCUGCCACUAUCAGGACCGUCCGCGGUUGAGCGAACACCUCGGCAGCGUCCGCACGGCCAACGGGACAUCGCUGGAGCUGACGUACCGUAUGCGGCUCGGCGGCCCGGACGUGUACGUGCACGUGCGGGAACAGUCCAGGCUGUUCUGCUGCCCGAAAGCGAACGAGUCCGACUUCAUUAUGGCCAUCUGUACCGUGCUGACCGAGAGUGAGGUUGCCAUACUGUCGGAAGGUGGUGGCAGUGCUUCCGGCACGACGACGAUGCUGACGAUGGGUGCGACCGGCCCCGGCCCCGGUAGCAGCCUGGGCCCCGUGCUGGGCCCGGGUAACGGCGCCAACAGCAAUCCUACCUCUUCGUCCUCGUCCCUGGGCCUGCUAAUGCCCAGCACGAGCAGCUCCGGGACGGGCGGGACAGGAGGGGGUCUAAACGGUGGCAACGAUGUUGUCGCGCGCCAUCUAUCGCAAAUUUCGCAAGGAGUCAGUACCAUGGGAGGGCCACUCAUGUCGAGUGUGCUGAACGGUGGCAGUGGCGGUGGCGGUGGCGGCAGUGGUGUCCUUGGCAAUGCUUCCGGCGGCAUGAUGGGAAGCGGAGCAGGAAGUGGAAUGGCGGCCGGCAACAUUGGUCACGGAAUGGGCGGCGGCGGCGGCUCCGGCGGGACGACGGAUCUGGGAUCGGUUGGCGGGGGACCGGUUGGAAGCGUUGGGCUCGGCUCGACGAUGGGUUCGAUCGUGUCGCCUCGCAGCAACCCAAACACCACGACGUCCUCGUCCCUGCUCUGCCCGCAGUCGUCCGACAGUAGCAACUUUUUCAACACAGACUUUGAGCUCGAGUUUCCACAUUCCACGUUCGAUAUGGAGGCGGUCGGGGUCGGGUGGGACUCGCGGCCCGAUUCGCGCACGAGCGUAACCCCCGUCAGCACGCCCCGGCCACCGUCCGUCAGUGCGUACAGCCCGGCGGCCGCUCCGAUGUGCGCUUCGCCGAUGACGCCAUACUAUUCCGGCAACACGAUGGGCGGCAUGCCUUCGCCGUCCAGUAACAUGGGCUCGAACGGCGGGGGGGCACCCGGGGCCGGGCUCGUCAGCCUGACGCUCAACAACAAUAACAACAACACAAACAACAACAACACUGGCACACCGUUCGGUGGGAACGCGUUCCAGUUUCCCUUCGAAGACACCAAGGACAAGCUGCAGGAUCUACAGCAGCAACAGCAACAGCAGCAACACCAUCAGCAGCAGCAGCAUAUGUCGCCCAUGCAACACCAGUCUGCGAUGCAAACGCAACAGCAGCAACAGCAAAUGGUCCAGCGACAGCAACACCAGCAGCAGCAGCAGCAGCAUCAACAGCAUCAUCAGCAGCAACACCAACAGCAACACCUGCAACAGCAGCAACCUCAGCCACCGUCAUCGAAUACGCACGAUUCCGAGCGAUUACGGAACCUGCUUACAACCAAGCGACCUCACUCAAAUGCCUCGUCCUCGUCCGGCCUGGAUCUGGAUCAUGAUCAUCGGAAUCCUAACCGAAUUCUAAAGGGCUUGCUAAAUUCCGAAGAAGAGAAGGAUAAUAAUGGCAAUAAAUUAAGUACCACAUCUCUUUCACAACGUAUACCUCAGUCAGUUAGAGCCCCAACGCAGGGUAACGGUAACGGUGGUAGUAGUGGUGGUGCCGGUGGCGGGUUAGGGAGUGCUACGGCCCGCCCUGGAAAUGAAAGUACUAAGUCCAGUAGCAAUAACAUGCUGUUACAGCUGCUCAACGAUAAGAGUGACGAUGACGAUAGCGACACCCGCAACCGGCAAGGUCCGAGCGAACUGCUUAAGCAACUGCAGAAGGUGAAAGACGAACCGAAGGAGCACAAUCCACCGCCGCUCAACAACGAGGAGCUCAUCCAGAUGCUGCGGGUACAGAGCAACGAUCGCAAGCGCCCGUCGACCGAGCCGGAGGAGGGUUCCGCCGUCAAGCGGUCCGAUAAUCGGCCGUCGAAGCUGCGCGAGAAGAACAAAAUGCUGGCGUCGCUGCUGGCCAACCCGGCCAAGGCACCGAUGCCGAUGCAGACGGCCAUGCCAUUCAAUCGCAUCAUCCCGGACAUCCCGAGCUCGGGGUUGGCCCGCCAGCUGGCGAACGUGUCGAGCUCGACCGCACCGAACCAAACACUCAACAACAACAACCUGACGACGAGCAACAAUAAUCUUAAACAAGUACAACUGAACCAAAUGCGCCUGCAGCAGCACCAGCAGCAGAUGCGCAAAGCGGCCAUGCCUUCUCAAUCGCAACAGCAGCCUCCAACGUCCUCCGAUAUCUACCUCAAUCAUCAUCAGCAGCAGCAGCAGCAACAGCAACACCACCACCACCCUCAGCAGCACCAUCAGCAGCAUCCGCACCACCCGCAGCUGCCGCACCAUGGUCAGCAGCAGCACCACCAACAGCAACACCACCCGCAGCAGCAGCAGCAGCAGGCUUCCUUGAUGCAGCAGCAAAUGUUGGCCGCGCAGCGGCAGCAGCAAAACUUUUCGCCCGCGAUACAGGACUCUGGCGUCGGUUCGGCCGGGAGUGGUUCGUACGCUGCCUCGACACCCGCUACCUCUACGCAGCUCGCCUCCGAGUGGGACCCGGAGCUGAACGAAAUACUUAAUCACGUGAUCGAGAUUGCGCCGGAAGGAGACUUUCCCGAGAGUGAACUCAACAGUAUCUUAGGCUUAAGUCCUAUCGAAUCGUCCACUUCGUCCGUGGUGCCGUCACAGUCCAGUCAGGCCGACCCGAUUCACGAAAAGCUGGCCAUCAACGCGAUCCAGAAGGUGCUGAUGCAGUACGAAACCUCACCAUUGCAGCAACCGCCACAGUUUAGCGGCAGUCCGCCGGCAUAUCCGAUGCAUGCGAUGGGCGCCGGCAGCGGGGGAACCAGUGGGCCGGGUAAUUCCGGCAGCGCUGGAGCGGGCCCCGGUGGCACGCCGAAUGUGGGCGGCAACGGAUCGACGACCGGUAGUUCCGGUGGCACCAUGCAGCAGCAGCAGUCCCAGGCGGGUCCGAACCAAAACUUUACCCCUCCACCGGUGUACACGCAACGGAUGCGGAUACCGCCCGGUGCGCAGGGAGGCGGGCAGCUCGGGGCCGGUAACCCGGGCGUUACCCAGACCAUGCUGGCCAUGCAGAAGCUGCACCAAAACCGGGAUCGGAUACUGCAGGAACAGCAGCGGGCACGGUUGCUGCAGCAGCAGCAGAAGCAACAGAUGGUGGUGCCCUCGAAUCCGACGGCGAACUCGGACCUUGGCCCACCAAACGUGGCGUUAACGAGGGCAAACAGUGUGCCGGAUUCACAGCUUAGUCCUGGAUUCUCGCCCGGUCUGAUGCAGCAACAGCUGAGCCCAAGCCAGCGGACACAGCUCAGCCCGCAGCAGACAGGAUUCCAGGGCAAUCCCUUCAACAACAACCCCGGCCAUCGGUUGUCGCCUCAGCUGCAGCAAAUGGUGUCCGGGUUUGGGAACGCCGGUGGAUCCGUUAACCAGCAGCUCUCCCCACGGCAACCACCGUUCGGUGGCGGCGGGCCCGGUGGUGGAACCAGUGGCGGACAAACAAUCAACCCACCCAACGUGGUCGUUCCCGGCCAGUCAGCGCAGCAACAGCAGCAGCAACAGCAGCAGUUGCAACAGUGGCAACAGAGCGCCAACGCCAGACUGUCCAUUCAGCAGCAAAACCCGAUGCUCAAUGCGCAGCUUUCGUCCGUGGGUGGAUUCAAUCCGACGCCAAAUCGACAGUUUGUGGGCCCCGGGCAGCGGCAACAGCGGAACACGCUCAACAGCCCCGGUACGCCCCGGCAACCGAACACCUUCGGUGGAACGAUGGUCGACGGUGGCGGUUUCCCGGGGCCACCCAGCCCGUCGCCGGUCGGUGUGUCGGCGCCUAACUUUGCCAACAGCGUGUUUGCCAACCAGCAGCAGCAGCAGAUGAGGCUCCAGCGGCAGGGCCAGGGCGUAGCAGGGCCACCGCAAUCCACCCAGCACUUGCCAGGAUCGCCCCGUUCCGCGUACGGUGGACAUGGGCCCGGUGGUCCGGAUCCCACCAGUUACGGUAUGAUGUUCGGCAAUGCAGCCGCAAUGCAGCAGCACACGGCGACCUCGCCAGGCGAUUUCUACAAUCGCGGUCAAACUGGUCUCAACGGCGGGGGUAUGAUCGGUGGUGGAAGUGGGUUUGGUGGUGGCGCAGGACUAAGCAAUGGUGGUGCUGCGGGCCCCGGCCUUCCCAAUGGCGGUGCCCAACACCAGCAGCAUCAGCAUCACCAGCAUCAACAACAUCAGCAUCAGCAGCAUAGCCUCAACCAAUCGGAACUCAUACGGCAAGAGCUGCGGGCCGUCGUUAGUGGCCGUGUGCAGCGCCCGCCACCACCGCACAGCAGCAGUCCACUGCGCCUAUCGCCCCUCGGUGUUGCACUGUCAGCCGCGUCCUCCUGCGGUGGUGACACCAGCACCGUGGGCAGCACCAACGGUGGUGGCCACUCGGCGCUCCACACUUCGACGAGCAUGUUGAACGGCGGUGGUGGUGGGGUGGUCAGUAGUGGUGGCGGCUUGGUCACUAGCAGCAGUCUGAUGGGCACCGGUGCUACUGCCGGUAACGGCCCCAUGGGUCCCUCGGUCGGUGGUGGGCGAUCGACGUCCGACGGUGUUGGUGGUAGCACUGAUCUCGAUCCAUCGAUGCUGUUCGGUUACCACUACACGCCCAAAGACGUUUUAUUGGCAGCGAUUGGCACUAUCGAGGAAGACGAACCGACGGCGAACCGAAAGCCGAUGACGGCGGAUGACAAAAGUGCCGAUCCUUGCCCGGCCCCGGUAGUGAAUUUUUCGGAGGAAACACGAGUCGGUGACCCGAAAAAUUCAUCCCUUCUUCUGCAAAAACUUCUGUCGGACUGA